AUGGAGGGCGAAACAGCGGUGACGAAUCCCACCGGCGAUAGAAAAGUGGCACUGAUAACAGGCAUUACGGGUCAAGAUGGAUCAUAUUUGGCCGAGUUUCUGCUGGAUAAGGGAUACGAAGUGCAUGGUAUAAUUAGACGGGCUAGUACAUUCAACACCUCGCGCAUCGAACAUCUGUAUGCGGAUCCAUGUACUCACAGAGAGGGAAAGAUGAAACUACACUACGGUGAUAUGACCGACAGUAGCGCACUGGUGAAGAUUAUUGCACAGGUGCGACCGUCCGAAAUCUACAAUCUGGCCGCUCAAAGCCACGUCAAGAUUUCGUUCGAUUUGAGCGAAUACACGGCCGAGGUGGAUGCAGUCGGUACGCUACGUCUGCUCGAUGCCAUCCGUACCGUUGGGCAGGAAAAAACAGUCCGCUUCUACCAAGCAUCCACGUCGGAGCUGUACGGAAAGGUGGCCGAGACACCGCAGAACGAAAAGACACCGUUCUAUCCGCGCUCACCGUACGCCUGUGCGAAGAUGUACGGAUACUGGAUUGUGAUAAACUAUCGCGAAGCGUACGACAUGUUCGCCUGCAAUGGGAUUCUCUUUAAUCAUGAGUCACCGCGUCGGGGGGAGAACUUUGUUACGCGCAAGAUUACCCGUUCGGUGGCAAAGAUUUCGCUCGGCCAGCAAGAAUACCUAGAGCUGGGAAAUUUGGACUCUAAGCGUGACUGGGGCCACGCGAAAGAUUACGUAGAAGCGAUGUGGCUCAUGAUGCAACAGGACAAGCCGGAAGAUUUUGUUAUUGCAACGGGUGAAACGCACUCGGUGCGAGAGUUCGUAGAAAAGUCGUUUCAGUACAUUGGUCGGGACAUCGAGUGGCGAGGGACGGGAGUGGAUGAGGUUGGUGUGGAAAAGGGUACCGACACGGUACGGGUACGCAUCAAUCCAAAGUUUUUCCGCCCGACGGAGGUUGAUCUGCUGCUGGGCGAUGCGUCCAAAGCGAAGGCACAGCUGGGCUGGUCGCCGAAAGUAACAUUCCUCGAACUGAUCGCCGAUAUGAUGGCGGCGGACAUACAGCUGAUGAAGAAUAAUCCAUCCGCCUAA